AUGAUGUUUGAAGAGAUAGCAAAUCGAUCAACAGUUAAAGCAAAAUUCAUGUUAAAAGCAAAAUAUUUUACAAAAGAAGUUUUAAAAAUAUUAAAAGUGUGGGAAAAAAUUGAAAUCCAGGAAAAAAAGAAUUUAGAAGAUUUCAUGGAACUGAUUUCAGACAAUACUGGGAUAAGUGGUAGUAGUGAUAGUCACAAUCAAUAUGGUACACAUCAAGUAAUUCAAAACGAUGAUGAAGAUCAUCACCACACAACACCAUUAACUUAA